CACGGGAGCAACGGCAAUAUAAUUCAAAUUUAGAGAGGACCUGAAUGAGCUGGCAGUUUUCAAAUACAGGAACCGUCUGAGGAAAAGAGCGACGUCUCAGUCAUGCGUUGAAUGAUACACGGGGCAUGAAACGAACGUCCCAGAACAGCAGCACAAGUGGUGAACUCCAGGGGGCAGAGUCCUUGCAUGACAGAGCUGUGAGGAGGCAGGAAGAGAGGCGAUCUGUAAGAGGCAGGGGCAGAGGUGCGGAGAUGAGUGGGCAGACGGACGGGGGAAAGGACUCGGUGGCUGCAGUCCAUGAGAGGGUCACCCUGGUUGUGGAUGGGACCCACUUUGUGGUUGACCCAGCGGCCUUCACUGCACACCCUGACACCAUGCUCGGCAGAAUGUUUGGCCCGGCCCGACAGCACAACUUCACUCGACCCAACGGGAAGGGCGAGUAUGAACUGGCAGAGGGCAUCAGCGCUGCCAUCUUUCGGGUAGUACUGGAUUUUUACCGGACCGGGGUUCUGCGGUGUCCUGACGGCAUGUCUCUGGCGGAGCUGCGGGAUGCCUGUGACUACCUCUGCAUCAACUUUGACUACAGCACAGUCAAGUGCCGUGACCUCAGUGCCCUGCUACACGAGCUUUCCAAUGACGGUGCACGUCGGCAGUUUGAGGGCUUCCUGGAGGAGCUGGUGGUCCCUGCCAUGGUGUCCAGUGCUCAGGGGGGCGAGCGUGAGUGCCACAUCGUGGUUCUAACGGAUGACGACACUGUGGACUGGGACGAAGAGCACCCUCCUCCCAUGGGAGAGGAGUACUCCCAAAUUCUGUACAGCACCAAGCUCUACCGCUUCUUCAAAUACAUCGAGAACCGGGACGUAGCCAAAGCCCUGCUGAAAGAGAGAGGCCUUAAGAACAUUCGCAUCGGCAUUGAGGGGUACCCCACCUGCAAGGAGAAGGUUAAGCGGCGGCCGGGCGGGAAGUCGGAGGUCAUCUAUAACUACGUGCAGCGGCCCUUCAUCCAGCUGUCCUGGGAAAAGGAGGAGGGAAAGAGCCGGCACGUGGACUUCCAGUGCGUACGCAGCAAAAGCGUGCCCAACCUGGCCGCGGCCGGCGAAGGGGCCCCCCGCGGAGGGACCACGCCUACCCCGCAAGUGGAUGAGCUGGACCGCCUCAACGGGACACCCAGCGAAAGCUGAGGGGCAGAGAACCCUGACCCCGCUCCCCAAAUAUUCCCCUCUCCCUCUGGCUGCUUUGCCUUGAUGGAGAUGGUUUUGACGUGCAUCUGCCUGCAGGGGGCAUGUGAAGAUCUCAGGCGUCUGAUCAUGUUCCACUGGGAAGGAUGUGGAAGGCCUUAAGGGGGUCAAGGGUCAUGACUUAGGCUUCCAAUGUGA